CAGACAAAAAAAUCUCUGGGUUGGGUAAUUUUCUAAAACGUUGGCACGCAGUGCACUGCUUUUAUUCCUUCAGAUUCGGGAAAACCCUCAUAUAAUUCAUAUUGAAUCAUUACUUCCACAUAGUUGAGAAAAAAUAUAUUUUCAAACUCAUGUAUACAAUGUUCUUUCCCUUGAAUGCUGUCCUGAAGGUCCCAAUUGUUUACCAUUUUGCUGAGAUGUAGCCAUACUCUUAACUCCUGGACUCAAGGUGUUUCUAAUCCUCAUGGAGUCAUUUACCUUAACACGGGGAAUUUACUUGCCAGAAGAGGCAAUAUCAUUGCCCAAUGCAACCAUCAACAUGGUAGCUCAGGCCAGGACCUUGUGCCAGGUGCAGAAACUCUGUCACUCAGUCCCAUCAGGGCCAAGCCAGGCUCGAUGCUCCACUGCAGAACUUAGUUCCAGAUAUUUGCCACUUCCCAACCUCCUUCGGUUCCAGGUUUUCAUACAUUCUCAUGGCCAUCUGGCUAUUUGUCCUCCCCCUCCCCGGACCUGAUCCCAAUUUCAUCCUGUGGUCUCACCUCCCACAUAGUUCCUUUCAUCCAUCUACCAAUCAUGACUAUUUUAUACUGCAUUUUAAAUGUGAUUUGAGCAUCCUCACUUGUAUAUUAUAACUUCUUUACCUCUUUUAUUUCUGCAGAGUAUAACCUGCGUAUCCUGUAUUUUAUGGCUAAUAUCUACUUAUAAAAUGUAGUGACACAUGAUGAUGUAGUGGUGAACUUUACUCAGGAAGAAUGGGCUUUGCUGGAUCCUUCCCAGAAGAGUCUCUACAAAGAUGUGAUGCUGGAGACCUAUAGGAACCUCACUGCAAUAGGCUAUAAAUGGGAAGAUCACAAUAUUGAAGAUGAUAGUGAAAAUUCUGGAAGACAUAGAAGGCAUUUUCAAAGACAUGAACCAACUAAUAGUGAGGAGAAACCCUAUGAAUGUAUUCAAUAUGAUGAAGCCUUUGCAAAAAAUAAUUACCAUCAGAUACAUAAAAACAUAUGUACUGGAUUUAUGUCUAAAGCUGGUCUUCAAAUACAAAGAAGAACACAGGCUGGAGAACAAGUCUAUGAUGGUAACCAAUGUGGUAAAGCCUUUACUCAUCACAGUAAUCUUCAAAAGCAUAAAAGAAUACAAACUGGACAGAAACCCUAUGCAUGUAACCAAUGUGGCAAAGCCUUUGCACGUCCCAGCAAACUUCAAAUCCAUAAAAGAACACAUACUGGAGAGAAACCCUAUGAAUGUGACCAAUGUGGCAAAGCCUUUGCCCGUAAUAGUUAUCUUCAAAUUCAUAAAGGAACACAUAGUGGGGAGAAACCCUAUGAAUGUAAUCAAUGUGGCAAAGCCUUUGUAUUUCUAAAUAGUCUACAGAGACAUAAAAGAACACAUACUGAAGAAAAACCCUAUGAAUGUGACCAAUGUGGCAAAGUCUUUACGCAUAACAGUACUCUUCAAAAGCAUAAAAGCACACAUAGUGGGGAGAAACCCUAUGAAUGUAACCAAUGUGGCAAAGCCUUUGUAUAUCACAAAAGCCUUCAAAUCCAUAAAAGAACACAUACUGGAGAAAAACCCUAUGAAUGUGACCAGUGUGGCAAAGCCUUUGCAUGUCCCAGUACUUUUCGAAAGCAUACAAGGAUACAUAGUGGGGAGAAACCCUAUGAAUGUAACCAAUGUGGCAAAGCCUUUGCAUGUCACAAAAGUCUUCAAAGGCAUAAAAGAAUACAUACUGGAGAAAAACCCUAUGAAUGUGACCAAUGUAGCAAGACCUUUGCAUGUCAUAGUAAUCUUCAAACUCAUAAAAGAACACAUAGUGGGGAGAAACCCUGUGUUUGUAACCAAUGUGGCAAAACCUUUGCACAACACAACAAUCUUCAAAUCCAUAAAAGAACACAUACUGGAGAGAAACCUUAUGAAUGUAAUGAAUGUGGUAAGGCCUUUGCCCAUCACAGUCAUCUUCAGAUCCAUAAAAGAAGACAUACUGGAGAGAAACCCUAUGAAUGUAAUCACUGUGGAAAAGCCUUUACAUGUCAUAGCGAACUUCACCUCCAUAAAAGAAUGCAUACUGGAGAGAAACCCUAUGAAUGUAACCAAUGUGGCAAAGCCUUUGCACAGCUGAGCAAACUUCAAAGACAUAAUAGAACACAUACUGGAGAAAAACCCUAUGAAUGUACCCAAUGUGGCAAAGCCUUUGCACGUCGGAGUAAUCUUCAAAGACAUAAAACAACAACACAUAGUGGAGAAAAAACGCUAUGAAUGUAAUCAGUUUUCCAAACCCUUUGUUGAACACUGUCACCUUCAAAUAUAUAAAAGAGCAUAUAACGGAGAAAACCCCUGAUAAUUCAGUGAAUGUGGCAAAGGCUUUGCCUGUUACAGUGUACUUAAAAGGAAUGUUAAAAACACAAUCUUGAGAGAACCCUAUAAAUGUAAUCAAAUUAAUAAAUCCAUUUUAUAGCAGUCACCUUCUAAGGUAUGAAAUGCAGUCAUGAGAUUACAGUGGAUGAAUAUGUCUGAUUCUUUUGCCUGCUCUUGAGAUUCUUUUCCUCCUGAAUAAAUGCUUUGCUAACUUUGA